AUAUUUAGACAGAAGAAUUUUUGUCAGUAAAAACCUAAGGUCACAGAGCUGCAUAAAGGUUUACCAAUCAGAAGACAUCAAGCUAUUUUAUGUUCCCGGAUGUCUUAAGAAAAAGACUUUUCAAACUGAAGAAUGAAAUAUCUUGCAGGGGGGAACCGUUGGGCACGUUUUGUGGAGAUCCCCCUGACAAAAGGAAUCAUUGGAAAUGAACACACCGAUUCAUCGUAGUAGAUGAUGAAAAGGAAACCUCAGUGCUUCCUCCGUCUAGAAGGCUAGAGCCCGUGCAUUCCUUAGCAGCUUGUCAGCCUGAUGACUGGCUUCUUGGUCAGAUCCAGCCUCGGUGAAGACUAUUGCCUAGAAGAAAAGAUGUUUGGUUUUCACAAGCCAAAGAUGUACCGAAGUAUAGAAGGCUGCUGUAUUUGCAGAGCUAAGUCCUCCAGUUCUCGAUUCACGGACAGUAAACGCUAUGAGAAGGAUUUCCAGAGCUGUUUUGGGUUGCAUGAGACACGUUCAGGAGACAUCUGUAAUGCCUGUGUCCUGCUUGUGAAAAGAUGGAAGAAAUUGCCAGCAGGAUCCAAAAAAAACUGGAAUCACGUGGUAGAUGCAAGGGCAGGACCCAGCCUGAAGACUACACUGAAACCAAAGAAAGUGAAAACUCUAUCUGGAAACAGGAUAAAAAGCAACCAGAUCAGCAAACUACAGAAGGAAUUUAAACGUCAUAAUUCUGAUGCUCACAGUACCACCUCAAGUGCCUCCCCAGCUCAGUCUCCUUGUUACAGUAACCAGUCAGAUGAUGGCUCAGAUACAGAGGUGGCUUCAGGCUCCAGCAGAACGCCUAUUAAUAUAUUUCGUUCUCUCCAUUUUUCUUUUAGACAGAAAAUAUGUUGUGGGAUUAUCUAUAAAGGCCGCUUUGGGGAAGUCCUCAUUGACACGCACCUCUUCAAGCCUUGCUGCAGCAACAAGAAGGCUGCUGCGGAGAAGCCGGAGGAGCCCAGCCCAGAGCCUCUGCCCAUCUCCACCCAGGAGUGGUGACUGGGGUGUAUGUAGAAGGGGAACAGGAAAUGAUUGAAAUUUCAGAAAAAAAACACACCCAAAACACAGCAACAAAACGACCUUCCUGUUUUUCACUUGGAUACCUGCUAUUCUGCCAAAAGACAAUUUCUAGAAUAGUUCCGAAUGGGUUAUUUUUUCCUCCACUUCCACAAGUUCCACCAACUCUGAAGCCAGUGUCUACCUUACUAAACGGAAAAACAGACAUGUACAUAAUAUUUAAGAUGCUGAGUAUUUCAUAGGAAAGCUGAAUGCUGCUGUAAAGUGCUCUUUAAGUCUUUUUCUUUUAAAUCCCCUUCUCAUGAAUGAAACUAGGGGGACUUCAGGGGACAGAGAUGGGAUUUGUUGUAUGAUAAACGUACGUAGUUUUAGUCUUUCUAUAUUGAGAAGCAGUGGUUGGGGCAUUUUUAAAGAUGGCUGACUACACUUGUUUUCCUUCAUGAUAAUGAAUUUGUCAUAAACCAGUAACCUGGACUUGCCCCUCGAGGUAGUUGUUAAUAAUUUUAAAAUAUUAAGGUCUUGCCAAGGUUCUGAGGAUUCAAACCUGUACUACUGAAUAUUAAGCAGGACAGAAUAAGCUCUCUGGUACAAAUACAU